AUGCAUGCUGCCCCUGAACGGUACCUCACGAUUAUUCCUGGCGAUGCCCAUGAAACGCGCCAGGAGGAAUUGCAGAUCGGACCUCAAUCAAUUUAUCAGCGAAAUUGGGCUCGGCCGAUCGACAGCGAUUACCACAUUGUCAUCACCAGCGGGCGAAUGACCUUUGCCCGUUUUGUCGAAGAUCCCAAGGAAGUGUAUUCGGCCGCCGUCGAACCUUACAUUCUCGCUUUUGGCGGGGGAGUCAUGGCCCAUGCGGCGAUUGUAAUCAUCAUCAUCAUCAUGUCGGGUGAUCGCGUCCCUAAUAUGUAG